AUGAAUUUAGAAUCUUUCUCCAAUGAAUUAUUACUUGAUCUAUUUGAAUAUUUUUCUGCUGUUGAUCUUCUUCGAACAUUUUAUAAUCUUAAUUUUCGAUUUAAUAAUUUAAUUAUGAUUCAUUUUCAACAUUUUGAUCUUAAUUUUCGAUCAGUAUCUCAAUAUGAUUUUAAUCUUAUAUGUUGUCAAUAUCUUCCAAUUAUAGUCAAUGACAUAAAUUCUUUAAGUCUUUCAAAUGAUGAUGAUACUCCACAACAAAUUGAUCUUUUUCUUGAACAUGGUUUAAUUAUUUCUCAAUUUAUUAAUUUAAAAUCAUUAUCAUUAUGUGAUCUUUGUUCUAAUGAAAUAAUGAAUAAAAUGAUGUUAGAAUGGAAAUAUCUUGUAAAUUUAACUCAUUUAACUCUUGCUGGUUGUUAUCUUCAAUUUGAUCAAAUUAAUGCUCAACAAUUAAUUGAUAGUAUUUGGAGUUUAUCUAAAUUGAUCUAUUGUUAUUUAAAUAUUAAUUUUAAUGAAAAUAAUAUUUUUGUACCAACAGUUAUAUCUUCAUCAUUAAAAUAUGUAUUUAUUUGGGGUAUUGAACAUUAUCAAAAUAAAAUCAAUGCUUUAUUGAAACAGACACCAUGUCUAGAAAAUUUUUCUAUUCUACUCAAUUUUGAUUCAAAUGAUGAUGAUGAUGAUAUAGAAUAUCCAUUUUUAACAAUUACGAAAUUAAAACUUUGUUUAUCACGAGUACAAGAAGAUAGAAUUAUAAAAUUCUUACAAAAUAUACCAAAUUUAUAUCAUUUGAUUAUUGAUAUAUGUUCCAAUGAUGAAGAUUAUACAAAUACGAUUUUAAAUGGUUAUCAAUGGGAAAAAAUUAUUCGUAAUUAUUUAUCUAAUCUUCAAAUCUUUCAAUUUCGAAUAGAAUUUCAAUUAAUUAAUGAAAAUAAUCGUGAACAACAAAUAGAUGAACUAAUUCAUUCAUUUCAAACUCCAUUUUGGCUUAUAGAACAUAAUUGGUAUGCUCAAUGUCAUUGGAAUUCAACGAAUAGUUCAAAUUCAAUGUAUUUAUAUACAUUACCAUAUAGUUUUAAUUUUUUUAAAUUUAAUUCUUCAAUGAAAUUUAAAUCAACAUUUUCAAAUAAUAAUAAUAAUAAUUAUAUAGAUCAUUAUAAUCAUGUACAUGAUCUUGAAUAUAAAAUAUCAUCAAAUGAUGAAAUAGUUUCAUCUUCUAUUCAAUUUUUUAAUCUUGAAAAUUUAUUUUUAAAAUUUCCUAUUACGAGUCAUUUUUGGUCUGUAAUACCAAAAUUAAAUCAAUUAACAUCAAUUGUUAUUUCAAUAAAUGAUGAGAAUAAUAUUCAAUCUCAAUUACAAAUUUUACUUGAUCAUACACCUUAUUUGUAUUCAUUAAGUUUUACAUCAUGUCUUUUACAAAUGCCACCACUUGAACUUCGAAAUAGAUCGAUACGUCGACUUGAUUUACGAGGAUAUAAUCAAUAUUUUAAUAAUGAACAAUGUAUUUUAUUAAGUCAGUCAUUAUUAGGUAUUCAAUGUGAAAUUCUUUUUAUUAAAAUAAAAAAUUAUCAAAUAUUACUUGAUAUGUUAAAUAAUAUGAUUAAUCUUCGUACUUUAAUUAUUCAAUGUGAAAAUGAUCAAUUCAAUGAAACAAACAAUGAUGAACUUAUUAUUUGGUUAAAAGAUCAUUUACCAUCAACAUGUAUUAUUAGUAGAGAUUUAAUUUUUCAUUCUGAUAUUCGAAUAUGGAUUCGUUAA